AUGUUACUGCCAACAGCAGGACGGCGAUUUCAUAAUCUUCCUAGAGGAGCCCUUGAUGCUGCGUUAGCGAGAGGACUGCUCGUCAGUCCUGUGGAGACUCUAGCUCCAUCGCUUCUUGCGAAUGCUGUUGAAGUAAUCCCAGACCGAUUGUACUGGCUCACGGUUUUCGACGGGAGCCGUCCCAGUGCACAUGAGACGCAUUUCUUCAAUUUGGACUCCGAAUUUGUCUAUGAGCCUUUUUUUGCGGAUUUCGGCCCAUUGAAUUUGGGACAUACUUAUCGCUAUUGUGAGCUCCUCGAAGAGAAGUUGACGGAUCCACGGCUGGCUGACCGCCGCAUCGUCCACUACACGACGGCUGACAUGCACAAACGUUCCAAUGCAGCGUAUCUGAUGGUUUCGUUCUGCGUCGUCUUGCUGGGUUGGGAACCAGACGCUGCUGUCGAAAUGUUCAAUUCCCAGCCCCCUCUGCUGCCGUUCAGGGAUGCAACAUACGGAUCCUGCAGCUAUCAACUGACACUUUUUGACUGCGCUAGAGGAUUGGAUAAAGGGAUUCAGUUGGGCUGGUUUGAUUACGACAGUUUCGAUAUAACAACAUACGAAUAUUACGAGCGACUCGAAAACGGCGACUUAAACUGGAUUAUUCCAAAUAAAUUCAUAGCGUUCAGUGGACCUGAAGAGAUUCGCGUAUGGUAUGGACUGUCUCAUGGAUUUGUUGAGGUCUCUCAAUUCUUGGUUCAGGGUGUCAAACUCGUCAUUCGAUUAAACAAGAAACAGUACGACCGACGAAGCUUUACUUCCCAGGGAAUCGACCACAUCGAUUUGUAUUUUCUUGAUGGAUCUUGUCCAUCGAAGGAAAUCAUUUCUCGAUUUCUCGAUAUUGCUGAACGUGAAGCCGGUGCUAUUGCUGUGCAUUGCAAAGCAGGUCUAGGGCGGACGGGCACCUUGAUCGGCUGCUACGCUAUCAAACACUUUGGCUUCACAGGCCGGGAAUGGAUUUCAUGGAAUCGAAUCUGUCGUCCGGGAAGCGUUCUUGGUCCUCAGCAGCACUUUUUAGGUGAAAUGGAGGUGAGGGAUGAAUCGGAUUCAACCAACAGUAAUUUUCUGAUCAUGCAGGAAGAUCUUCGCCGAAUGGCACACGCCUCUGUCAAAAGACCUCAAGCUGAUCUUGCCAGUCUUCUACAAGAAAGAAAGACAGCUGAACAGGGUGAUUUUGGACAAGGCAAUCGUCUAGUUAAUUCAAAGAGACUGGGAAAGGUUUCUGCUUGUUCAACACCUCCAACGACGGCUGGAACGCCGUUGAGUUUACAUGAUGAUGAUGUGCCUGCAAGCACCCCCCCUGCCCAUUCUGACGAAGCUGGCAGCCUCACUCCUAUCGCUCAUUCACCCAUCGCAAAACUGCCCAGAAGGGUCCAACCUGAAGAUGUCACGGCCAAAGCGGCUGACGACCAUUUGUUGAAAGUAUGCGCAUCUGCAGCUAUUCAAAAUGAUGAAACGAUUCUGAUCCUAGCUAAGACUAGUUUAGCUGAUUCCUCCGUCACGGAUCGUAACACACAGACAAUCCCCUGCCGAUGUCAAAAACUUGUGCUCCUGCAGCGAGAAUUCCUCUUCAACCAAAACAACUCAACCAAAGCAACUCAACCAAAACAACUCAACCAAAGCAACUCAACCAAAACAACUCAACCAAAGCAACUCAACCAAAACAACUCAACCAAAGCAACCACAGCAACUCAACCACAGCAACUCAACCAAAGCAACUCAACCAAAGCAACUCAACCAAAGCAACUCAACCAAAGCAACUCAACCAAAGCAACUCAACCAAAGCAACUCAACCAAAGCAACUCAACCAAAGCAACUCAACCAAAGCAACUCAACCAAAGCAACUCAACCAAAGCAACUCAACCAAAGCAACUCAACCAAAGCAACUCAACCAAAGCAACUCAACCAAAGCAACUCAACCAAAGCAACUCAACCAAAGCAACUCAACCAAAGCAACUCAACCAAAGCAACUCAACCAAAGCAACUCAACCAAAGCAACUCAACCAAAGCAACUCAACCAAAGCAACUCAACCAAAGCAACUCAACCAAAGCGACUCAACCAAAGCAACUCAACCAAAACAACUCAACCAAAGCAACUCAACCAAAGCAACUCAACCAAACAGCCUACCUUGUAGUAUGCGAUGCCAUUAG